CCGGGCCCAUGUGGAAGAGGGGACACGACUCGAAGCGGCCUCUUCCUAUCCCCCUCAUAAAUAAGAGAGAGAGAGAGAGAGAGAGUCGAAUUGGGGGCAGAGAGCAGCCACGCACACGAAGCAAAUCGAUUCGAGCAGAAGCAUCAGGGAGGGAAUCGGCGGCGAGGCGGAGGCCAUGGAGGAUCUGAGUGUGGAGGAGCUCGCCUCCAACCUCUCCACCUACAAGGACCAGCUCCGCGAGGUUAAGAAGCUUAUCAAGGAGAAAAAGGAUGACCCUGGAAUUUCUGAAUAUCUUGAUAUGGAGAAAGAGCUUCAGGAGGUCAUUAUGUUAACUGAAGAGCUUUUGGCAACUGCAAAGCAAACCGAGAGUGCCCAGAAUGUUGCAGGUCUAUCACCACCGAAUUAUUCGGCUGGAGUGCAGUCAGAGGGACUGGAUGACCUUUCACAUUCCCAUAAGUUUGCGGUUGGGUCUAGAGUGCAAGCUGUGUGGAGUGAAGAUGGGGAAUGGUAUAAUGCAACAGUUGAAGCUUUGACACCAAAUGGAUAUUAUGUAGCUUACGAUGGCUGGGGAAACAGUGAAGAGGUAGACCCAGAUAAUGUGAGGCCGCUUGAGGAAGAAGCGGCGGAUGCUUUGCGACAAGCUGAAAAGGAAGCUGAAGCCACAAAAAUGGCAAUAAAGAGGAAAAUUGAACAAGCUGCAACAUCUGAUUUUCAAGCGCGCAGCUUGCCUUCCAAACUUCGUAUCGAACCAAGUGAUCCUGAGGAUGUGAAAGCUGCGAAGCGUAAGAAAAUACAUGCUUUCAAAUCAAAAGCCCGGUUUGAGCAGCUUGAGUUUGCACAAAAUAAGCGGCAGAAUGCAUGGCAGCAGUUUCAAACGACCAAGGGUAAAGCUAAAAAGGUGGGGUUCUUCUCAGGCCGCAAGAAGGAGAGCAUCUUCAAGUCACCGGACGACCACAGAGGUAAGGUGGGUGUCACCGGUAGCGGCAAAGGCCUGACUGAUUUCCAGAGGAGGGAGAAGCAUCUGCACCUCAAGGGCGGCUCCGCGGACGCAGUGGAUGACGAGGAAUAGACCGUUUCCUGUGUGUCGCCUUGUUAGCUCGCGAGCGAAUCACCAAACAUUUCCAUGCUCGGUGUUUAUUGCUUGCCGACCUGGGCCUGAGGGGCGCUUGUUGUGUAUGUUGAACUUGUUGGAUCUAGAAUUCUCACAGAUAUAUCCAUCAAUGAUUUCAUGUUGCGUUCUGC